CCUUACAGCUGUGGUCAAUGUGGGAAGAGUUUUACUACAUCUAGUGAUCUAAAAGUGCACCAGAGAACACACACAGGAGAGAAACCUUAUAACUGUGGUCAAUGUGGGAAGAGUUUUACUACAUCUUGUAAUCUGACUCGACACCAGAGAACACACACAGGAGAGAAACCUUACAGCUGUGGUCAAUGUGGGAAGAGUUUUACUACAUCUAGCAAUCUGACUCUACACCAGAGAACACACACAGGAGAGACACCUUAUAGCUGUGAUCAAUGUGGGAAGAGUUUUACUCGGUCAACCAGCCUGAUAUCACACCAGAGAACACACACAGGAGAGAAACCUUAUAGCUGUGAUCAAUGUGGGAAGAGUUUUACUCGGUCAACCAGCCUGAUAUCACACCAGAGAACACACACAGGAGAGAAACCUUAUAGCUGUGAUCAAUGUGGGAAGAGUUUUACUCGGUCAACCAGCCUGAUAUCACACCAGAGAACACACACAGGAGAGAAACCUUAUAGCUGUGAUCAAUGUGGGAAGAGUUUUGGUGCAUCUAUUACUCUGACUCUACACCAGAGAACACACACAGGAGAGAAACCUUACAGCUGUGGUCAAUGUGGGAAGAGUUUUGGUGCAUCUAGCACUCUGACUCUACACCAGAGAACACACACAGGAGAGAAACCUUACAGCUGUGGUCAAUGUGGGAAGAGUUUUGGUGCAUCUAGCACUCUGACUCUACACCAGAGAACACACACAGGAGAGAAAUCUUACAGCUGUGGUCAAUGUGGGAAGAGUUUUACUACAUAUGGCCAGGUUACAUUACACCAGAGAACACACACAGGAGAGAAACCUUACAGCUGUGGUCAAUGUGGGAAGAGUUUUGGUGCAUCUAGCACUCUGACUCUACACCAGAGAACACACACAGGAAAGAAACCUUACAGCUGUGGUCAAUGUGGGAAGAGUUUUGGUGCAUCUAGCACUCUGACUCUACACCAGAGAACACACACAGGAGAGAAACCUUACAGCUGUGGUCAAUGUGGGAAGAGUUUUACUACAUCUAGCAAUCUGACUCUACACCAGAGAAUACACACAGGAGAGAAACCGUAUAGCUGUCGUCAAUGUGGGAAGAGUUUUGGUCGAUCUGGCCAGCUGACUAUACACCAGAGAACACACACAGGAGAGAAAGCUUAUACCUGUGAUCAAUGUGGGAAGAGUUUUACUCAGCUAUGCAGCCUGAUAUCACACCAGAGAACACACACAGGAGAGAAACCUUAUAGCUGUACUCAAUGUGGGAAGCGUUUUACCUCAUCUAGCGGUCUGACUCAACACCAGAGAACACAC